CUCACUGUCUCUCAUAUCUUUCUGCACACACUUCAUAACACACAGAGACACAGACACGCACGGCUCAAGUAAGUUUGAGGGCAAAUAAGUAAAUCUUUGACCGGACUAGACUGAACAAGAGGAGACAACAGAGAGACAGAAAGUCAGUCCUCUGUUUUUUGGAACUUUUUCUUGGACGUGAGAGUUUUUUCUUCUUUUUACAGGUGGAUAGGAACUUUUUCAAACACUCGGGUCAGCGAAACAAAAAGGAAUUGUUUGUUUUCUUCUCAUUUAUUGUUGGACUUUUGGACUCUUUGGACUGGGUGCGGGCACAGUAAGAGGAAGAAGAUGGGGAGAUGGUCGUUACAUCUCACAGCGGGGCUCGGGCUUCUGGCCAUCUUACUGACCUGCUGUUAUGCUGAAGGGAACUACUGCUUUGCUGCCAAGGACAAGACGUGCUCAGAGUGCCUGCAGGCUGGAAAAGGCUGCGCCUACUGCCCUGAAGAGGAGUUUAAUGGCCCUCGCUGUGACCGGUACCAGAACAUUCUGGCCCACGGCUGCAAGGCUAAUGUGAUUCUCACAGCUCAGAGUAGUUGGCAGAUGGAAAAGAAUGAACAAAUCAACGUGAACCUUCAGCAGUCUCAGAUGUCUCCACAGCUGAUGAGUAUGACCUUUCUACCAGGAGAGGAGAGGGAGAUGGAAGUGGAGGUGUUUGCUCCUACCAAAGGUCCUCUGGACCUUUAUAUCCUUAUGGACUUCUCCAACUCCAUGGCUGAUGAUUUGGACAACUUGAAGAGGAUGGGCCGGAAGCUCGCUUCUGUGGUGGGGAAUCUGUCAAACGACUACACUAUUGGCUUUGGGAAGUUUGUGGACAAAGUGAUUGAGCCACAGACUGAUAUGAGACCAUCCAAACUAGCGCAGCCAUGGCCAAACAGCGACCCCCCGUUCUCAUUCCAAAAUGUCAUCAAGCUGACCAGUGACUUGGACCAUUUCACCAGCGAGCUUCAGAAGGAGAAAAUUUCAGGCAACCUGGAUGCUCCUGAAGGAGGCUUUGAUGCCAUAUUGCAGGCUGCAGUUUGUGGGGACAAAAUUGGCUGGCGCCCCCACAGCACACAUCUCCUGGUGUUCUCCACUGAGUCCGCCUUCCAUUAUGAAUCUGACGGCGUCAACGUGCUCUCAGGCAUCCUCAAACGUAACGAUGAGCUCUGCCACCUGAACGACGACGGUAAAUACACGGAGGACACAAACCAGGAUUAUCCUUCGAUACCAACCCUGGUCCGUCUUCUGCGUAAACACAACAUCAUCCCCAUCUUUGCCGUCACCAACCACUCCUACACAUACUACAAGAAACUGCAAACGUAUUUCCCCAUCGCUGAGGUUGACCUGCUGCAAGAAGACUCCUCCAACAUCCUGGAGCUCUUGGAGGCUGCCUUUAAGAAUAUCCGUUCUAAGAUGAGCAUCCAUGCAGAGGAUCAGCCAAAAGCUUUCACAACAGAGUUCAGGACCAUCAGUGGAAUUCUUUCUCAACACGGGGACUUCAAUUUUAAGCCGGGCAAAAAAGGCAAGUUCAGGAUGCUGCUCAGAGCCAACCGAGAGGUUGAGAAGGAGGCCGUCUGCGAGCUGGACCCAGAUCAGAAAGAAGGAACACUGAGAAUCAAACCCACGACCUUUAAUGCUGCUUUCAAUUUGAAGGCUUCAGUUUUAUGUCCAACCUGCGAAUGUGAGAAUACCAGAAUCCCAAAUGCACCCAGAUGCUACGGCAAUGGCGACCUUGUGUGUGGGAAGUGUCAGUGCUAUCCUGGCUGGCUGAGUACAUUCUGUAACUGCACAGCAGGUUCUGCAUCGGACACCAGUAAGUGUAUCGCUCCAGGCUCUACUGAACCGUGUUCAGGCCGCGGUGAAUGCUCGGACUGUGGACUAUGUGUGUGCUACAACCCAGACCAGUUUGAAGGACCCUACUGCCAGUAUGAUAAGACCCAGUGUCAACGGUUCGGAGGAUUCCUCUGCAAUGACCGUGGCUCUUGUGUAAUGGGUCGCUGUGCAUGCACAGAGGGCUGGGAGGGAAACGCCUGCGAGUGUCCCAAGAGCAACCAAACCUGUCUGGAUUCCAAAGGAGGUAUCUGCAAUGGGCGAGGUAAAUGUAUGUGUGGCCGCUGUGAGUGUCCACUUUCAGGGAUUGAGAUGACGACAUCCUGUGAGCCAAAUUUCCAGGCCCAGCUGGGAGCGUGCGAGGCUACCAGGAGUUGUGUCCAGUGUCAGGCCUGGCAGACAGGAGAGAAGAAGAAGAAGGAGGAGUGUGAUAAGUGUCCUUUCAAAGUCAUCAUGGUGGAUGAGCUCAAAGAAUCUGAGAAGGUUCUGGAUUCUUGCAGUUUCCGAGAUGAGGAUGACGACUGUACGUACCACUACACAGUUGAAAACCCUAAAGAUCCUGCAGUGAAAGACUUAGAGGUUCAGGUGCUCAAAAAGAAAGAUUGCCCCGCUGCCAGCCUCCUGUGGUUGCUCCCUCUCCUCUUGUUCCUCUUGUUGUUGCUGGCGCUUCUCCUGCUUUGCUGCUGGAAAUAUUGCGCCUGCUGCAAAACGUGCUGCCAGAGCUGCCUCGCCCUGCUGCCUUGCUGUAGACGAGGCCGCAUGGUUGGCUUCAAGGAAGAUGAGUAUUUGUUUCGUCAGUCUCUGCUCACCUCAGACCAUCUGGACACACCAAUGGUGAGGACUGGCCCCCCUAAGGGGACCGAUGUGGUUCGCUGGAAGGUAACUGACAACGUACACCGACCACCCAACCACCCCCAGGCUCUGAUUAAACCCAGCCCGAAAGAGAUAAUCCAGUACCCCAUCUCCCUCCGACUGAACAGAUUGUUUUCUGAGAACCUGUCUCGCCCAGAGUCCAGAGAUGCUGAACAGCUCCGUAAAGAAGUGGCCGACAAUCUAAAUGAAGUGUACAAGCAAAUUCCAGGGGCACAGAAGGUGCAAAAGACCUCCUUCAGAAUGCAAAGAAAUGCUGGAAAAAGGCAGGACUACGCCAUCAUGGACACGGUCUUAUCUGCUCCACGUGGGAACUACCCGGAUAUUGUCAAACUCACUGAGAAAAAUGUCCAGUCUGGAAACGUGGGCGACCUUAAAGUGGUGCCGGGUUACUAUACUGUGGCCACAGACAGAGAGGCUGCCGGAGCCAUAGAGUUCCAAGAAGGUGUGGAGUCUGUAGACGUUCACGUUCCCCUCUUCGUCAAGGAUGAAGAUGAUGACAAGAAACAGCUGCAGGUGGAACUUGUGGAUGUACCGCUGGGCAUUGCAGAAGUUGGAAAACGUUUCGUGAACAUCACCAUCAUCAAAGAGCAUGCCUCCAGUGUCUUCUCGUUCCUCCAGCCGGCCUACACUUACAGCAGGAGUGACGGUGUUGCCAACAUCCCAAUCAGCAGAGAGAUUAUAGAGGAUGGACGCACCCAGGUCACCUAUCGCACCCGGGACCUCACAGCCAAGGAUAAGAAGGACUAUAUGACGGUGGAAGGAGACCUGACCUACAAUCCCGGUGAGACCCAAAAAAUAGUGCCUGUUCGUCUGCUGGAGCUUGGAGAGAAAGAUGGCCUCCUAGAAGACAAACAGGUCAAGCAGUUUGUCAUGGAUCUCAGUAACCCAAGACAGGGUGCCAAGUUGGGACGCUACCCCAGAACUACCGUCACUAUCGCAGACCAACCAGACCCCGGUGUGGUGAUGUUCAAAAAGGGCACCCAGAACUUCUCCACAUCAGACCCCACCUACACCAUCCCUGUGGUCCGCACUCGAAACCCGGACAGCCCAGCAACAGUGAAAUGGCGCACCAAGAAAGCCCAGCGCUUUGACCUAUCAGGCCCACUGAAGUUUGCUCCAGGAGAGACGGAGAAGAACAUAGUAAUCGACCCAAAGGCCCACCCCGGACCAAUCAAACCAGAGACCUUCCAUUUGGAGCUGUUUGACCCAAGUAAUGGCACUACUAUUGGAGAAAGAAAGACCACACUUAUUAAUAUAACUGACGGAGCUCCAAGAUCUCCAGAAAUGGCCCCACUGCAGCAGAAGGGCUACAUCAACUCUAAAGCCACCUCCCCUGGAGGUCACGUUCUCUCUCCAGCAAACCUUAAGGCCAAAGCAACUGGACCAAAAAGCAUUCAUCUCAACUGGGACCCACCACCUGGUAACCCUAUGGGCUACAAGGUUAAAUAUUGGAUCUAUGGAGACCCAGAGAAAGAUGCCCAGGUCCUGGAUGUGAAGACUACUCAUGCUGAAUUGACCAACCUGUACCCCUACUGUGACUAUGAGAUGAAAGUAUGCGGCUACAACGCAUUGGGAGAUGGCUACGAUACAGACAUGGUUUCCUGUCAAACUCUGGAGGAUGUCCCUGGUGAACCUGGACGUCUUGCCUUUAACGUCAUCAGUCCAACUGUCACUCAGCUCAGCUGGGCAGAGCCUGCAGAAACCAACGGAAACAUCACUGCUUAUGAGGUCAUCUACACACCCAUCGACGAUGACAUGAAGCCGGUCGGUGCCUCUAAGAAAGUAAAGAUCGACAAUCCUAAGAAGAGAAUGCUGCUGAUCGAGAACCUCCAGAAUGCCCAGACCUACCAGUACAAAGUACGAGCAAAGAACAGUGUGGGCUGGGGCCCCUUCAGAGAUGCCACCAUCAAUCUGGCAUCACAGCCUGCUAGACCACUGUCCAUUCCCAUCAUUCCAGAUAUCCCUAUUGUGGAUGCAGAGGCGGGAGAUGAGUAUGACAGUUUCCUGAUGUACAGCAAUGAGGUGAUGAAGUCCCCUGCAGGCUCUAAGACACCCAGCGUCGCUGGUGAUGAUUUUACAGUGAAUGGGAAGUGGGACCAGAACUUCCUAUUCCCAGGCGGAUCAGGGACGCGCAACUUGUCAGCUUCAUCCUCUCCGAUGUCCACUUUGAGCUCAAACUACAGAGGAGGCGGCGGCACCUUCACCACGGAAACAACCACCACCUACAUGACUGGUCCAGGAGGUACUCGUAGGACGGAAAUGAUUGGUGGAGGAGUUCACACGACAGAUGUCAUCAUGAGGAAGCGCUCAGAGAACAGGGGCUACACAGAUGAGCACAUCCGGGACUCUAUUGUCAUGGGAGAUUUGUCAAGCAAGCUCCAAAGUCCUGCGCCACCAGGUGGGUUCGGCUACACUGGGAUGCAGAGCAGCUCUCAGAGCCAAUUCAGCUUCAACAUGACUCAGGGUUCGAGGGCCAGGACGCCAUCUUCAGACGUCCAUGAAGCUCUGUAUAAUCUGGACAAAGUGCUCCAGGAUGCCCGGCUUUCUCCAGGUGUCCCAGACACCCCCAGCAGACUGGUGUUCUCCGCUCUGGGCCCCACUGCCCUAAAGGUGAGCUGGCAGGAGCCCCACUGUGAGAAAGACAUCCUGGGCUACAGUGUUCUCUACCAGCUCCUCAACGGAGGUGAGAUGAAGCGUAUUAAUGUGACAAACCCAGCAGAGAACUCUGUCAUCAUCCAGGACCUGCUGCCAAAUCACUCCUACCUAUUUAAGGUGAAGGCUCAGAGCCAGGAGGGCUGGGGUCCAGAGAGAGAGGGAGUCAUCACCAUCGAGUCUGCUGUCGAUCCCAAGAGUCCUCUCUGCCCCAUGCCAGGCUCCCCUUUUACUCUGAGCACUCCCAGUGCCCCAGGCCCCCUGGUCUUCACUGCACUGAGUCCUGAUUCACUGCAGCUCAGCUGGGAUAAACCUCGUAAACCCAAUGGAGACAUCCUCGGAUAUGUGGUCACCUGUGAACAGCUGCAUGGUGGAGGAGAUGUUCGGUCCUUCCAGGUGAAUGGAGACAGCGCUGAGACCAGUCUGACCGUCCCAAACCUGACGGAGAACGUUCCCUACAAGUUUAAAGUCCAGGCUCGUACCACACAGGGCUUUGGUCCUGAGAGAGAGGGAAUCAUCACCAUCGAGUCUCAGGAUGGAGGUGCAAUGUCUCAGUACAACAUGCAAUCAAUGCAGAUGGAAGAAAUUUCCAGAAUGCCAGUGCGAACAAAUGACAACAUGCUAGAAUCCUUUUUCUCAGAUGGGAUGAUGAUGACCACACAGCGCACAGAGACCAGUGGCAUGAUGACCCGUCAGAUCACCAAGGAAGUGGUUCAGAGGAGCGUCACAGGAGGAGCCACGGUCACAAAGAAGAUGUUUUAUGAAUCCUAAAAUCUGAAAUUAACUGUGCCAAAAUGUAAACCACAAAGGUCCAAUAUAAUCCUGUUUGAUACUCUCUGUUGAAAAGAGAUCACAAUCACUGCAUGUUUUUAUACAUACAGGUGCAGCAAAAUAUAUAUCAUUAAAUAGUUAAAUUUUUACUGGGAUGUAUUUCAAGAACUGAAACAUUCAUAUAUUCUAGAUUCAUCUCACUCAAAGUGAAACAUUUCAAGACUUUUUUUUUUCUAAUCUUGCUUAUUUCAGUUUACAGCUCAGAAUAUUUUAAAAUAUCAAAAACACAUCAGUCCAAAAAAUGAUUUUUUAAUGCAAAAAUGUUGACAUUUGGGAAAUUAUGCUCAUUUAUGCACUUAGUAAUUGGUUGUAGCUCCUUUUUGAACAAAUUCCAGCAUCUAUGUUAAGUGGCAUGGAGCCGAUCAGUCCGUGGUCCUGCUGGGGUGUUAUGAAGCCCAGGAUUCUCUGUGGGAUUUGGGUCAGACCAGUUGGCGAUCAAAAAAAAAAAAACUAAAUUGGACUUUUCAAUAAAUUCUAUUUUUCAUAGAUGGUGGAUUAUUGGCUGUAAUCGUCAAGAUUAAAACAAUAAAGUCUCGAAAUGUUUCAUUAUGCAUGAGAUGAAUCAAGAAUAUAUGUAGGUAUAACUUUUUGAAGUAAAUCGCAUAAAAGAAAUGAACUUUUCAAUGAUAUUCUGUUUUGAGAUGAACCUGUAUGUGAGAUUCUGCAACCCCACAAACAAAUUCAGUGUAAAGGCUUUGUCCUGUCUGUUACAAACUUUAUCUCCAUGCAUAUUCUAAUCUGAUCAUUUACAGUCAUGCUCAGUGUUGCUUUUAUCCGCUCAUGUUUUUCCACUAAGCAUUUCACAUGAACUCCUCUUCUGUUGAUGAGAUCUGGAAACUCUCUGAGCUUAAAGUCAGACCUGUACAGCGGACAGUAAUCUGGCUGCGGUUCAGUAAUCCAAAGUGACCUUUCCCCUGGUCUGCUAUCUUCCACCUGUCUGUAAGAGACGUCAGUGUGACACGCUCUGGUGAAUUUCAACUUUCCUUUCAAAGUGCAGGAGAGAAUGUCUUCAUAUUUCUGUGGAUGUUUUUUAAAGUUUAUUUUCAUGAUUUUCAGCCAUGUGUUUUUAUCCAGAGCGAUCACGAUUAUAAAAGUGGUGUGUUUGGGAGUUUUGUUCAUAGUUUUGUAUUAUAUUAAAGUUUUUUAAACCUUUUUUCAAGCAUAUUUAAAACUUUGUAAGAUUUUUACUUUAGCGGACCAACAUUAGGUUAAAGCCAAAUAAGGUUUUUCAUUCAGACCAGUAUUGGGGCGAGAUUUUACUGGCAGUGCAGACCCCCGAUCAAAGAUCUGUUUGAUGUGUUGUAUUUCUAAAAAUUCCCACUACAAAUACUGCUGCAGAUGGGUUUUAAUGUGUACUCACAGUGCUAUAACAGCAUUUAUCAGCAUUCAUCGAUGACCGCCUGAGAUUUUUGAGAAAUAGUUAAUAAAGACACUGAGAUUGUAUUUGCUUCCAUGCAUUUUCUACUGUAUUUUGGCUCAACUUUCUGUUGUAACAAACAUUUUAAGUGGGUAUUUUUGUCAGAAAACUCUCAUGUAGAUAAAUGGAUGAACACCAAAAACAAACUCAAGUAUUCUUGUACUUUUGAUCGACGUGUAUCAAUGAUUGUUUUCUGCAUUGUUCCUUUUUUGGUAUGUCAAUUCUUUUGCACUUAAUAAAGAUUUAAAAGAUUG